GCAACUGGCAUGAGUUUGGGAUCAUCCCGGAGUGGAAAAAGAGGGGGGAAUGAACAACACUCCGCCAGGAUUACGGUUGCUAAGGCCUCCUACGGUGAUAGGCCAGUUCCACACCUUGUUCUUCGGCUCGGUGCGGAUGUUCUUUUUGGGAGUUCUUGGCUUUGCUGUCUAUGGAAAUGAGGCACUGCACUUCAGCUGUGACCCCGAUCGCCGAGAAAUCAACCUGUACUGCUACAACCAGUUCCGACCCAUAACACCUCAGGUCUUUUGGGCGUUACAACUGGUAACAGUACUAGUUCCUGGGGCGGUGUUCCACCUCUACGCUGCCUGUAAGAACAUUGACCAGGAAGAGAUCCUCGAACGACCCAUUUAUACCGUAUUCUACAUAAUUUCUGUUCUGCUUCGCAUCAUUCUGGAAGUCAUCGCCUUCUGGCUACAAAGCCACCUCUUUGGCUUCCAGGUCCACCCGUUGUACAAGUGUGAUGCCAGUGCUUUGGAAAAAGCCUUUAAUGUGACAAAGUGCAUGGUGCCCGAACACUUUGAAAAAACUAUCUUCCUCAGUGCCAUGUACACCUUCACCGUGAUCACCAUACUCCUCUGUGUUGCUGAGAUAUUUGAGAUACUCUGCCGACGGCUUGGUUAUCUUAACAACCAAUGACACAUUUGAACAAGCAUGCAUUAAUGACUAAGGAUACAAAUAUAUGACACUAAUUCUGCCCGUUUUUAACCAGGCUCUUGGUUAGCCACUGCUGAACUUUUUUAAAACCAAACAGGAAGCUGACGUAAGAGCCAAACCUCACCUGUAGUCCAUCAUGAGUGAGUUGCACCAACAAAUUUAAGAAUGUGCAACAAUGUCAGAGCUGGCAAGUCUGAAAUUGUCUCUGGAGGUUUUUGCCCAUAACCAUAGAUCAUCCCUAGUGGUAUUUCAGAUGUCAGUGGGUUUGUAUCGGCUGUGUUCAAGGUCUGCGCCUCUGACUCUGAAAUGUUGGGGGAUGGGUUAGAAGUUUUCUUUUUUCCACAAGAGCGAUUGAAAGACAGGCAUUGACUUCAGGGUGCUGGUAAAACUUGUAACUAUUGUUGAAUUAGAGCAGAAGGAAAGCCCGUCUAGUCACAAACCAGGUCCAAAACAACUGGAGGUUUGCCAAACCCUGUUCUUGGAGCUGUACCUCAUAUCUGAUCCUUCUACACAUCCUGGAAGCACUACCAUGGGCUAAUUGGGGCCUGGUUUACACUAAAUGCAUCAAGGCCCAUCAAACCAGCUAGAUGUAUCUUUACUUACCAACAAUGAGCCUAAGCAGCUACAUUUAAUGAUAUUUCUAAAGUAGCAGAACGCUUUGGUGAAAAGGCAUUUAGUCUUCAUGUAAUGUAACUACACAAAACAAUGCAAAUCCUUUAGCUAGUCACAUAAUUCUGCAUUAAAGUGCAGAUAAACAGUAUUUUAUAGCUUGUCUUCAAGGUGCUGAUCAAUCAUGACAGGCAGAUUAUCACUCGUCAUUCUAAAGAAACUGUGGUCCAGUACCCAUGUGCGAGUGAAUUUCAGGUGCCAUUGCUCCUGACACUUCCAUGUGCCAGAGUUAUCACUUCCAGUAUGUGUCUGUCGUUGCUUCCAGCCCGUUCUGACCUUUACUUCCAUUGACAUGAACGCCACGACUUCGUUGUGGACUUUUGAUGGAGUUGUCUGCCUUUUCAAAUUUCUGUUUCAGCGUGGUCUUAAACAACCUUCAACUUGACUUGUAGAAUGGAGAAAGGCUGUCUCAAAACAGCCAAUCUCAUGCGCCAGAAAGGUUUUUAAAAAACAGCUCAGAUUACAUCCGUGAGAUUUAAAGGCAUCUUCGAAAAACGAUGCGUCAAGAAAAUGGUUGAAAUGCUGUGUUUUACUCUUUGAGGGUAAAGAGCUCCCCAAAGACUGUAAUCAUCUAAAAAAGAAAAAAAAGAAAAAAGAAAAAAAGAAAUCAAACACUUCCUGGCUGACAUUUUGAAACUUUAAAGAAAUAUAUAGUCUGAAUGAUUAGUGACAAAAGUAUUAUUUUAAUUUGGAUAUACAAAUGUGUUGGAAUGAAAAUAUUUAAAAGUACUAGAAGUUGCAAUGUUUUUUACGUUAAAAUAACAAAAAUCAUCAAAUGCCAGUAAGAAGAGAUAUGGCACAAUUUGUGUGCAUCCAAGGUGAGACUGAAGAGAUCUCAAAUAUCACUGUGUAGUGUAGUUCUUAACAGGCAUGGACAAAAUCUACAUAGGAAUUUGAAGUUUUUGGAGAUCAGGCCUUAUAUAUACUGUAGGUCUCAUAUGUAGUACAAUAAGGCUGAAAAUCAAAACUUAACUGCUAAUUUAGUCCUGAUAUAUGUGAAACAAUGGUUAAGCUUUUGUCCAUGUCUGAUUCUCAACCAUCUCCUCAUCUUGGGUGUCCUCUACCCCGUCUUUAUAUCACCUUUUCCUAGCUUGUAGUAUUACACAUAAUACUUUUUUGUAAUGUUGCCUUCGGUGUCACCGUCUAUGUAUUUUGAAAAAGAUUACCUCUCAUGUUUUGCAAUGUUUUUUUUUUUUUUAAUCAGACAUCCAUCCAUCUUUCGUUAUGAAGUUUUCAGCAAUCUGUUUAUCAUCUCAGGUACAAAAUUGCAUUACCAGACACAAGUGGAUCAAACCCUAAUUUCAAAUCCUUUUAAAAACCCUUAAAUAAACAUUUCUGGUAGUGAGGGACCACUCCAACUGAUCCCAGCCUACAGUACCGAGGGCCUGGUUGGUCUGAUGGGCUUUGAGAGGAUUUGAAACAGGUAUGUGACUCCUGUGGUUUGGGUUCGUCUGCGUUCUGGUAUCUGUUAGUGAAGGAUGGUUUUAAAUUUUGCCUCUAGAAGCAACAACAUUCUCACUCCCGACUUUUCAACAUACUGACACUUGAUCAGGAUCUACUUUUUAACACUCUUGGUAUCCCGUUGGCGUAAUCUUUCAAUGCGUUUAGUCAGGACCCUUUGGCAUGACCUUUUAAGGCACUUGGUCAGGAUCCUUUAGGUCCCUUUUUAACACCCUUAUCCCAGGUGAUUCCCCUUAUUAAAGUUACAUUUGAUUCGUAGUUAUUAACUUGGAAAGCAGAUGGUGAAUUUUGACAAGUUUGACUCAGCAUUCUGGUCAAAAACUUUUGACAAUGGAUUUUUUUUGGGGGGUCUCAUGUAAAACUUAAGAGACACCGUGAUGUUAAAUAGCGCCAGCACAUCCCAAACUGUUCUUUGAUGAACUGAACUGAAAACUGUAAAACAUCACCAUUGCGCUGGGAGGUAAUUUGGGUUUUGGUGUACUAUUGAGAAUUAUUUACAAAAUCGGGGAGUUCAUCUUUAAUACGUCUUGAUGCUUCUUCUGACCACUAAUAUCAAUCAGGGUCAUUUGUGGAGAUUCCUCAACUAUGGCGCAUCACACUAUACUGAAAAUUCCUAUUUAAUUUUCAAAUCUUGGAUUUUAACUACAUAAUGUUGUUAUAGAUACGUUGUGAAAUGGGAACUGUUGUCUGUCUCUGUGUUGAGCUGAUUUUUCACCUCACAGUUAUGUUACAGAAAAAGAGGCACACUUUAUGACCAAUGCAUACAUAUUAAAAGAAAACUUUCUGUUUGUCUUAGUGCUACUGUUCAGGUGACCAUUUAUUCUCCUACUUGUUUUGUCUUGAGAUGAUUAAUUAAACAUGUCCUA